AUGAACACCGCAAUUAGAGGGCUUCAACUUGAGUUCGAAAAAGCGAGUACAGAGCUCGACUUUAUUGAAACCAAGGUCAAAUUAGAAUUUGUUCGAAAAUAUGAAAUUGAACGUCAUGCACCAAUAAACCCAUAUAAGGCUUUAUCUAAAAUGAAAAAAUUAACAAAGGAUUUGGAACUGCUAAGAAUUGAAAGUGAUCGAGUAAUAGUUGCGAAACAGGAAUUUAUCCGCGAUAUGAACAAUUUAAUAGCGGUAAAUAUGGAAAUGUAUGACAAGAUACGACGUCAAGUUGGUUUACAGCCUGAUUUAAAAACUGAAUCUGCCUUAAAUAAUUAUAAUUUAGUAGCAAAUUCUUGGAAGGAAGAUAUGAAUGAUUAUAAAAAAACAGGAGUGGGAAUGAUAUUGGGAUAUUUCAUUCGGAAAUCUGGUGGAUAG